AUGAGUAAUAUGCAACCGGAAGAGUACGAAAAUACGGGCUGGCUUUCGUACUUUAGCCGGCACAAAACGACCUACACUGCGUCCGAUAUUCACAAGAUAAGUAACGAGCUGAACAAUGUGCGCAAAAACUUGACUGCCACCCAGUACGCGUACGGUGAGCUAAGCAGUGAGCUGAAGGCUCUGAAAAGCCUGCAGGAGCAGCAACGUUUGGUGGACGAGUACGAACAACGGGCUGCCGCCAGUAGCAAAGGAACGAAAUCUACCGAGAAGCGAUUGAAAGAGCAGGCAGAUGAAAUCAAAAAUCUCAAGAGCGAUCUGGCCAGCUGUCGCAAUGAGCUGUCCAAGCAGAUCGCUGCAAUGAAGGUGGCGUUCAGCGAACAGAGCAAGAAAAAGGGUCUGUCUGGGAGUGGGAAAUACGCCGCCGGAAACACCGGCAACAGCGCGAUGACCUUGAGCCUGGAAAGCCGCAUCAUCGCUGCCGAGGUGCAGCUGGAACAGCUGAGCACCGGACAGACGACGGAGCGUUUGAGCGCUUUGGAGCAGAAAGUAGGUCAGCUGGAACAGACGAACGGUGGUGCCGGUGACUACGAUGCACGGUUGAAUGCUCUUGAGCGAGAUUUUACGCAGAAAUUGCAGGACCUGACCAAUCUCGUGGUGGAACUGCAACGGAAGCUAGCGAAGAGUGAGGCCAAACAGGUGGAAAUGGUGCAACGGUUGUCGGCGGCCCAAACGACACUGUAUGAACAGCUGGAACAUCGGUACGACGAACAGUGUGGGAAGCUGCGGGAACUACAGGUUCGAUUGAGCCAUCUUGGACAGAAUGACGAUAUUGAUUCAACGUUCGUUUGA